UUCUGCAGCUGCCAUGUGAAGACCAGAUCAUCCUUCUGAAAGGCUGCUGUAUGGAGAUAAUGUCCCUCCGAGCAGCAGUUCGCUAUGACCCCGAGAGUGAGACUUUAACACUAAAUGGGGAGAUGGCAGUGACAAGGGGCCAGCUGAAAAAUGGGGGUCUUGGCGUAGUGUCUGAUGCCAUUUUUGACCUGGGCAUGUCUCUCUCUUCAUUUAACCUGGAUGACACCGAGGUUGCCCUUCUUCAGGCUGUUCUGCUUAUGUCAUCAGAUCGCCCAGGCCUUGUUUGCGUUGAGAGGAUAGAAAAGUGUCAAGAGGGUUUCCUCCUGGCAUUCGAACACUACAUUAAUUACAGAAAACACCAUGUUGCGCACUUUUGGCCAAAACUGCUGAUGAAAGUGACAGACCUGCGAAUGAUCGGAGCCUGCCAUGCCAGCCGCUUCCUGCACAUGAAGGUGGAGUGCCCCACAGAACUCUUCCCGCCCUUGUUCCUGGAAGUGUUUGAGGAUUAGAGACUGGAGCGGUUCUCCACACCCCCCCGUCGCACUACUGGCUGUCGUUUCAUCCCGUUGCCCGGCUCUUCUCACCUCUGUUCUUCUUCUUUCAUUCUCUUCUGUUUCUCCAGGCGGGGUUGGGGUUUUGUUUGGGUUUUCAUUUGGGGUUGCUAAGGGGCAGUUGUAUACACAUGGAUGAAAACACCCCUUUAAUGCGGGUACUUGUGACUAUUGCAAUUUGUUCUUCAGUCCUUUGAUGUGAAUGCUUUGACAGCUUAUCAGUGAAAA